GCACACUUUUUCAGAAUGGCGGUCGUUCAAUCGGUCUCCGAGCUUUUGGAUAUAUUAAAAGCCGAGACCAUAUCGGACAACAUAACAGAAAAAAUAACAAGUUUAUUCGAGUCGAAAGAUACCACAAUCGACGAGUUCAAGACAAAGUAUGAGAGGCUUCGUGUCGAUGCAGAACAAAAAUAUUUUGAUAUUGAACAACAGCUGAUCACCAGCAACAACAAAUUAGAAACAGAGUCCACAUCUAACGAAGAAAACAAACGGCGAGUGGAAGAAUUGGAAAAGAAAUUCAAUGAAGCAGACUCUAAAAGGAAAAGUUUACAGGAAUCUCAGGACAAUUCCUUGUCUACAAAUCUCCGCCUCAGUAAAUCAAAUGAACAGCUGGAGUUGGACAAGAGAGAUUUAAGUGUCUUACUUGAGAAGAGGAACAGAGAAAUUGAUAGAAUAAAUGAAGAGUGGAAGGAGUUGACGGACAAAGUGUCGAGAGCCAACACAGAGAAAUGUGAGGCGCAGGCCAAACUGGCGGAGGUACAGAACCAGAGUGUCACCUUGGAGUUCCAGAACAAACGACUGGAACAGGAGAAGAGUCAGAUACAGAGACAGCUAGAUCUGCUGGACAAACAACUGUUUGAGAAAACCAAUGAGCUCCUAAACGUCAAAAAGGAACAGACAGCCAGUCUUCUGGAAACUCAGAGCAAGUUGGAGGAAAAGAUAGGAGAGAACACGUUCCUCCAGGAAACAGUUGCGGCUCUGAAAUCAUCCCAGGGAGAACAGGCCAACAAGAUAGAUGGCCUUAUACAGAAACUGAAGGAUGCCAGAAAUGGAAUGGCUCAGUCAGAGGACCAAUUUAACCAGGAACUGCAGGCAAAGAGUCGUCUAAUAGACCUGUACAAGACAUCUAAGGACGAGGCAGAAAGCAAAGUGAAGGAGUUGACUAGCGCUGUAGAGGAACUAAGGACACUAUUGAAGGAGGCAGCCAAUGCUCAUACUGAACUUGAAAAUUUGAAGGAGGAGGGAGCGAAACACUCCCAAGUAGAUAUAGAAAGCAGAGAGGAGACAAUUGAGAAGCUGAGACAAGAACUGGUCAGCGCCAAUGAUCUUCUGGAACAGACCAAAAACAGGAUUGCCAGUGAAGACCAGGUAGAGAGUAUGUUUCCUACUGCUUCUGUGACCAGUAAAGUACUGAAGUCUGGCAUGUCUCUCACACAGAUCUACAAUGAGUAUGUCCAGGCCUCUGAUGCACUUAUGCUGGAGAAGGAAGAAAAUCAGCGACUAAACCAGUACCUGACACAAAUUCUGCAGGAAAUUGAGGAGAAAGCCCCGCUACUGAAGAAACAGAGGCAGGAUUACGAGAACUCUCUGGCUAACAUUGACCAGCUGACCAGACAACUCGAUGCUUCCAUGUUGGAAUCUCAAAAUCUACGACUUGAAGCAGAUGACAUCAAUAGGAAGUACAAUCACAUGCAGAGAGAGAAUCAGAAGCUCCAGCUUCAGACAAACGAUCUGUCAAAGCAGCUGCGGUACAUCCUGAAAGAGAUGGCCGAGUUGCGAGGCGGGCGUGUUGUUCGGGAAGUAGAACAGCCGUCCACAGAGGUCAGCAGUUCCUCCCAGGUCAUCAGUGAUAAGCUGGUCACCUUCAGGACCAUUGAGGAUCUUCAGGUUCAGAAUAUACGCUUAUUGACAGUAAUACGUGAACUCAGUGAUAAACAGGAACAGGAGGAGAAGAUGGCUACCGACACAAAAACAAAGGAGUUGAAAGAACAACUGCAGAUCGCCAACUCAGAGAUCCAGGAGUUGAAAUCUAGUCGGGACAAGCAAGUUAGAAUGGUGGAGAGUAUCGUGCGACAGCGGGAUCUGUUUAAAGUGCUGAGCCAGUCAGGGAUGGCGUUGUCCCAGUCUAUGACUGAUGGCGAUGUGAGUAUGACCACUCCUGUGAAGAAGUCCCCGGUCGGGAUGAAACAGAGCCCGUCAUCAGAUAAGGCCUUACAGGAUAUGAAAACUGCCCUAACACAACUACAGGAGGACUUCAACAACUACAAGAAGGAAAAGAAGGAAAAUGAGAAGAUCAUGGACGAAGAGAUGGAGAAGUACAGAAAUGGUCUGUCAUCUAUGACUGUCCAGAACGCAAAGAUGUCAUCACAGGUGGACUAUUCCGCGGAGAAAUACAAAGUGUUGCAGGGUAAUGCCGAAGGCUACAGAAAGGAGAUCGCAGCACUGAGGGACAAAGUACAGAAGUAUUCUACUAGUGUCGCCAAACACGAACAAACCAUCAACAUUCUCAGACAGGAUCUGAUGUCGUCCAAGGAGAACUUUGCCCGCUCAGACACCCAGGCACAGAAUCUACGCAUAGAGAAGGAGCUGUCGAAGCAGUCUGAACAACGCCUCCUACAAGAUGUUGAGGCAAUGAGGAGGGAGAGACACUCUCAAGCCAUGCUCAUGGCCAACCUAGAGGCCAUUAAGAAUAAUAUAGAACGUUCUGAGUCGGAGACGAGGAACAGAUACACCAACAAGAUUGACGCCCUGGAGAUGGAAAACAAUAACUUGACCAGGAAACUCCACUCAGCCCAGGAUGAGCAGAAGACGAUUACAACCAUCUUUGAGAGUCAAAUCAAGGAAAUCCGCAGUCAGUUGGAACAAGAGCUGGAAAAUCAUGAGGUGGACAAAAAACAUCUCCGCGGUGUACAGCAAGAAAUUGAGGACUCGAAGAACAAGUUGGAAGCAGCCGAGGCAAAGUUAGCAACGGCAGAAAUGAGACUCGCCAACACGUCAACAACAGUCACGGACUCUGUUAGCUUGAACGCUGAGGCUGUGAACGAAGAAGUGAAGGACCUCCAAUCUCAACUGGAGCAGUCUCAGCAUAAUGUCAGCACUCUUCGGGAUCAACUCAGCAAAUCCCAGGAUCAUGUGACAAAUUACAAAGCCAUCGCCGACGGACUCCAGAAGACCAUGGAUGAACAGUCAAUGGCAAAUAACCAGUUCGAGCAGAAGUUUGAAGAAAUGCUUGAAGCUAAGAAACAUGCAGAGAAAAGGACAGAAGAUUUGGAGAAAGAGCAUCAAGAUCUACUCAACGAGAACAUCAGGGUAUCAGAGGAGAGCCACAAACUGAAUGCCGAUUUGAGGAAGCAGUUGGCGUGCUUACAAAACGAGCUACAGGAAGCUGUUCAACGACGAGAGGAGGCUAUCGCCAAGGAGGCGAAGGCAAUCCAGGAAAACCGCUCACAAACAAACCUGGCCUCGGAGGUCCAGGAUAAAUACCAGAGAGAACUGAUACUACACGCUGCUGACGUGGAGGCCCUUACAAUCAUUAAAAAACAGAUGGACGAACAUAAUGAAAAGUUAGCUACAGAACAGGAGUGCCGUAUCAAAGCAGAAAAGAUACUCGAGGAAUCCAAGGGGUCUUGGCAAGAGCAGGAGAAAACACUCAAAACGGAGUGUGUGCGUCUGCAGAAGAGGAUCCAAGAUUUCUCUCAACAAAACAAUCUUCUACACCAGCAGAUAGAGAAGAUGAGUCUGGAUGUUGUGGCUGUCCAACAGGCUGUCACUCGUAAUGAAUCAUUUUCAACAAGUCCUGAGGACACGGCCAAGUCAUCGGAACAACUCCUCGAAGUGGUGAAAUUUUUACGUCGUGAGAAAGAGAUUGCAGAAACAAAGCUGGAGAUUGUACAGUCCGAGUCAAAAACUGUGCGUCAGCAGCUGGAGCGAGUACAGCGCUCCCUGGAGGAGGCCAACGAUGCAAUGCGUGAGGAGCGGGAACACUCACAGACUAAUCUACAGACAGCAGCCCAGCACGCUGAGCUGAUGAGGAAGGUGGAGAAUCUGAACCUCCUCACAGACAGUAACCGUCUGCUGAGGGACGAGAAAACGAAAUCGGAGCAGCAGGUCCAGACCCUGGAGGCUAAGGUGGCGACCCUGGAGCAGAGCAUCGACCCCUUACAGUCCAGUGUGAGAGACUCUCAAUCCCAUCGUGAUGCCAUUGGGGCCGAGAGAGAUGCCCUGAGGAAUGAAGUCGAGAGAUGGAAGUCCCGCACAAACCACCUCAUAGAACAGGCCAACAGGACAGAUCCCGAGGAGCACAGGAAAUUGAUCUUGGAGAAGGAAAACAUCAGGAAGGACGUGAUCAGAUUGACGGAGGAGAAUCAUAGAACAAGAGCUGAAGUCUCCCGAUUAACAAACAGUCUGACUAUGGCACAGAGAGAAUCAGGUGCCAGCAAACAAGAAAUAGAAAAAAUACAGAGAGAACUAAAUGCAAGCAAGCAGGAAACAGAAAAAUUCCAGAAGGAAAUUGCAGGCAAAGUGGCUGAAUGUGUAACAAAGGACAACGACAGUGAAGAAAAGACAAAAACAAUAAACCAGCUGAAGAAGAUCGGACGAAAGUAUAAGGAGCAGGCGGAGGCCGUACGGAAAGAGCUGGACGACUUCCAGGCCCAACAGGCAGCUCAGAGUAAAGAACCUGCUCCACCAAGCACAGAGGUCAUUGAACAGGCCGUGGCUCCCAUCCAGGAGAAGCUCAGCGCCGCAGAGAAGGAGAGAGACGAACUCAAACAGAGAUUGGAGCAGACGACGACCGAGUCCAACACUACCAAGGAACAGUCCUUAAAACUACAACAGGAGCUGACACAGAGUAAAGAGGAAAGUUCCAAGGUCAGGGAAGAAAAUGCUGAAUAUGAAAAAAAACUCAACCAAUCACGAAACGUCUUACAAGCUGCAAAGAAAAAGAUUGGCUCGCAGAAUGAACAGAUUGAAAAAGUCACUACAGAAAUGAACGAUCUGAAACAGAAACUGUCCAUGUCUGAAAAACAGAAGAUGUCCGUGUCAGAAAAAAUGAAAGGUGAUGUAGAGCAGAGAGUGUUGGCAGUACGAUCAGAGGUGGAAGAGAAACUGUCCAAAAUGGAGAAAGAACUGGCAGAAACCCGAGCUACAAAGGAUUCUGCCAUUAACAAUGUGUCUGAGGUACAAACUGUGUUACAGAGAGCCCAGGAGGAAAACACCGAGCUACAGACCAAGAUACAACAGUUACAGAAGCAGAUCGAGUCCCAGCAGACCAAGUCAGUUCCGCCACAACCACAGGUGGCUCGACCCUCUGCCACUGUCACGGUGGAGCGUGUCAGUGCGCCUACCUCUGAGGCUCCAAAGACGGCCAACAUCCGGCCGAUGGCGUCCCCGGUACCUGUAACACCGCGGACCCAGCCUGCUCAGAUUCAGCCACAGUCUGCUGCCACUAAAGCCACCGCCAGUAUUCGACCGAUGGCCAUUGCCCCAACAACAGUGGCACCCAGUAGUGGCCCCACACCGACGGCUACUGUCAUGCCAACCACAGUAUCUGUUCAGGACAACCAGGAGAGCUCCCAAGUGUCCCAGCUGUCUCCUGCCCUGGCCCGCCCCACCCAGCAUGUUCAAAGGGUCACUCCCCAGGUGGAAUCUGGCACAGAACCAACAGUGGUUGUCACGGAGACAGAGGUAGUGAGUAGUCACACAGAGAUGGCUGCCGUAGAUCCACAGCCAUCUUCUUCAGCAGCCUGCGACUCCCAAGCAACAGGCACUCAACUGAAACGUUCACGUGACGACAUGGAAGGACAUGAGGAGGAGACGGACGCCAAAAGAACGAGAGUAUCUCCUGACCAGCAGGCACUCCCAUCUAUCACUGUUACUGAUGAGCAUGCCAACACAACGCCCAUUCCCGAACAGGGAGGCACGGCUACCCAGGAUACCGAGGUUACGGGGUCAGAGGUUCCGUCAGACAGUUUACCCACACAGAUUUUUGAGUCGUCACUGGACCAGGCCUACGAAAGUCAGGCCACCGUGUGCUUUGAUACUCAGGAAAUGAUAGAAGAGGAGACUGAAGUGGAGGAGGCAGAUGAUGAUGAUGAUGAUGCAGUCAUCGUUGUGGAGAGCGAUGAGGAAGAUGAUGAGGAUGCGGAAGAUUACGAUGAUGAUGAUGAUAAUGAAGGAUAUAAUGAAGAAAUGGGUGAUUACGAUGAGGACGAGGAAGAAGACGAUGAUGAACCAAUACAAGAUGAUGACUAUGAGGAGUUACCAGAGGGACACGCUGAAGAGGGGGAAGAUGAGUACCAGACAGACACACAGCCUGGGGAAAUGCACAGCCCUGGAGAUGAGGGAGACGAUGAAGUGGUCAUUGUAGAUGACGAGGAUAAUGACAACCAGAUGGAGCCACAGGAGCCGGAGGUGCAGCCUGUGCCACAAGUGGUAGCGCCCUCUGUACAGACGCCAGUUAGCCAGCGCUCACAGCUACCGUUCCAUGCCAUGGAGCGCCAGAUGUCUGUCACGCGUACACAGCUUGCACCAUUUGUACUGGGGGGACAAGCCGGAGGGUUUGAGGAUGGAGAGGACUGUAUCGUGCCCAGUACUCCAACACUGUUUGUCCCCAACAGAGGUGAUGGAGGAUUUGCAGAGGCUGUCAGUUCUCCCCAGAUCCCCCACCAGAGGUUCACCUUCACCAGUCACACAGAGGCCAUCGCCCACCACGACCUCGGCCAACUCGAGUCCCAGGAAGCCCUAGGAAUGGAUGAUACUCAGAUGGAUUUGUCCCAGUUAGAGGAAGAACAGGGACACAGUGUACCCACCAAUCCUGUUCACCAGGCUCCUACAGCGACAACUUCUGGAGAGUCGUUUGAUCCUGUUCCGUCAGUCAGUGUUGUUGACGACUCCCUUACAACAGACAGUGGCCCGGAGAACCUUACAACUGACACAGUAGGAGAAAGUGGCCACGAUCCUUCAACAUCAACAGGUAAACCAGAGCAAUCGGAGGCAAGCGGGGGACAGGAGGGCGAGUCUGGGACAGCUGGAUCUUCAGCUGCGGGCAGUGACCCACUGUCAUCCUCCUUCGGACAAGCUGCAGACAAAUCUGAUGCAGGGAAAGCGAAAAAGAUUCAGCCGAUUAUAUGGGAGCAGACGGGAAUGCCGAUCCAGACCACAGUGUCCCUCUCCCAGCCAGUACAGCACCUUAGGGGGCGGGGCAGUGUACGGGGGGCAGGACAGACGAGGGGAAUUAUGCAGCAUCCCCGCGGACACAGAGGUUACAACAGGCCUCGGGCACCAACACCACGUGGCACGCGCAUCAUGAGGGGUGGCAGGGGAGGCAGCUAUAGGCCUCCGAUGUACUGAAGUGUCGGCUUACACAAAGGGACUUAAUGCAAGCAGACAUGACUUUCAUGGAUCAGGAUGAGAAUGUGUAAACCCACAAACUUCUGAUGUAAAAAAAACAACAGUUUUUGAUAUGAUGAUUGGGUAUUGUGAAUGAACGAUGUGAAUGAAGACUUGUGACAGGACUUCUAGGUGAAGUGUGUUUAUGUAAUCUGGUGGCACGUUUAAGUGAACAAUAUACACGUUAAAUAGGCUUGAUGCAACUCGAAAAUAUACCCCGACAUCGGAAUUAAUUUGUUGUAACAGUACGUCAACUUACAGUAGUGCUUUUAAAUGGAUGCUGAACUGUUGUGUUUGGUAUAAUAAUGAUUUUGCACUAAAUUAUUGAAAACGCGUUAAUAGUAGUGCUACAAUUCUCUCUAUCGAGGAUAAAUUGCUUUCUUUUUAAUUACUUUAUUACUGUUGUAAAUUCAUUGGUAAUAAGUGGAUAAUUUAGAAGUGUUUUGUCCAGUGAUGUUGUUCAUUGUCGGAAAUCACGAGUUUGAAGAGAUAUUGAAUCGUUUUCUGUAUUUGUUGGCACUUUUGGAAGUGAACCGUAUUUCCAUCUUUACUACUGGAAAACAAAGAGGACAUGUAGAAAACUCGUGUUAUGGGGAUAUUCAUAAUUUUGUUUUGAUAAGGUCAUUCAGAGUGUAAUGAACUUGUUUCCAUUUUACACGUACAUUGUGAGGGAUGAGGUGAGUUUGGUUGGUAAGGUCAGUUGAGGUUAUGGAUGUGUACAAAUCAUGCUAUCAUUUUUCAUGAAAACUAUCAUCAAAAUAUGAAUAAAAAUACCAAAAUA